AUGGCGGAGGAUUUACUGCAUUUCCUUCGUGACUGUGAGUGGGCUACAGAAUUUUGGUGGGGCUGCGAUGUGGAGUUUAGGUGUGUUAGUGCGCAAUCUUUUAGGGAGUGGCUUGCCUGGGUGAUUAACUCUAUGCCUAAGCAACGGGUUGAGCAGUUUAUUAUGUUUGUUUGGCACAUUUGGAAGAGCAGAAAUGAGCUUCUUUUCGAUAAGAUCCACUGCUCUAAGAUUCACUGCUCUACUGGUCUGGCAAAACAGAGAGCAUUGGAUUUAUUGGGUGAAUAUCAAGGAGCUGAUACGAAGUCAACCACUGGUGGCCAACGUAAUAUGGUUAAAUGGAAGGUUCCUGAUGUUGACACAAUAAAAGUAAACUUUGAACCAGCUUUGGAUUUGGAUGGGGGAAGGAUUGGUAUUGGUGUGAUUGCUCGAAAUAAUUCAGGGGAUAUUGUUCUGGUUAAAGCUGGUCUGGCCUAUGCUCGUGGAGAUGCAGAACGUGCUGAAGCUAUGGCAGCGUUGGAGGCAGUGCAAGUGGCUCGAGCUCAUGGUGUUUGGCAGCGAAUUGUCUUCGAGGGGGAUGCUCAGACUAUUGUGCGAGCUCUCGAGGGUGAGCUGCAGCGUAGAGGAGAUAUCCAGCUUUAUAUUGAUGAUGUUAUUUCAUUAUGUUCUAGCUUUAAUUGGUGCAAGUUUAAUUUUUGUUAUCGUAAUUGUAACGAAGCGGCUCACCGGAUUGCAAAGUGGGCUCUAGCUUCUGAUUGUGAAAGGAUGUGGGUAGAUGAAGGGCCUUCUUGGCUCCAGAAUGUUGUAAUUUCGGACUUAUCGAAUUAA